AUGGAGAACUUGCGUUGUGUACAAGAAAAAGAUAAAAGUGAAAGAAAGGAAGAAAUUAUAGAGCAAGAUAAAAGCGACGAAAGAAUUGACAUUUAUAAAUCGGAAUCAUGCACAGGAUUGACAAAGCAAAGUAAGGAGUCAUUCGUUGGGAAAUCUCGUAAAAAACAUUGCGAUUGGAUGAAAUCCACUUCCCACAUAUAUUCCUCAAAUAUCAAGCUUUCUAAAAGUUAUCACGCGCAUCAGAAGACAUAUGAUCGUUUAAAAAAAUAUAUUAAAGAUGAACCGGAGAUUUGCAAUUUGCCACAAAAGUGUGAAGCUUCGUCGAGCAGCACCACGGCACUAAAGAAAAAGCAAAACAUAAUUCCUUCCAAAGAUUAUUAUACGUCACUGUGUCAGAAGAGAGCUGAAUUUCGGAUGCAUCUGAUCAGGAAGAUCAAAGGGCCGAUGAAAUGCAAAAGUCGUCACGAAGACAAGAUGGAAAUUUGUAGUGACUAUGCAAAGGAGUGUAUGAUUUUAGAUGAUGGUGACGUUUGCGGACAAACAACUUUGAGCGACGUCGACGAUAUUGGUGACAUUUGGCUCACGGAAGAAGACAAGAAUCUCUUGAGGUAUUACUACUACAUUCUUCAUGAUGUUGACGACAUUCACGCAGGUACCUUAGAUUCUGACACGUUAAAGAAGAUAACGAGCAUGGUGUCCGCUAAAUGGCAGAAGAAACACAACAAAUGCUUCAAUCAAUUGAUUAGAGAAUUAAAAAGCGACUAUGUUGCGAACAUGAAAAAAUCUCUCGUUGACUUUGUGCUGCAGGAACCCUUCGAGGAGGAGGUCUUUGUUCCACCAUUGCUCUCCCGAGAAAUUGCUGAAUUGUUCUCGCUGGAGCACUGUAUUAAAUGUAAAAAAAGAAGAGCAAAAUUGGAGGAGAGAUCGAUCAUGCUGUAUCACCCGUGCAUACGCAAAAUUGUAAAUUUAUGGUAUCGUGAAUAUGGGUUAGUAAAUUGAAAUGGCAUAUAGCAUCAGAAUAUUAUUAUACAUGAAAUGAUUUUUGGUCCAGUAUAAUCUCGUAAUUCAUAGAGAGGUCAAACAAGUAGACAUACGAGAGUUGGCGUCGUAUA